AUGGAAAUAGGAAAUAAGGUUUACCUAAAUAACAUUGACCAGAUAGAUGAAAAAUCGCAUAUCAAGGUUCGGGUGCUUAAAAUUUGGAACUUUGUCAGAAAUAAUAAAGUUUGUUCCAUUGAAAUGAUCAUCAUGGAUGAGGAGGGUACACAAUACCAAGCUCGUGUCUUCAAUCAGAAUUUCUCCAGAUUUCGUCAUCUUUUAAAGGAAGAUGAAAGUUAUAUAGUUAUAAAACCCAAUAUGGCUGCUGUUACUAAUGGUUUUAGUUAUACAGGUCAUAAACAGACCUUAACUUUGGAUUGGAAAAGCAUCCUAAAAAAAUGUGAUGAUUUCUCGGGUCCGGUCAAUGGAUUUAUGUUUGUUGACUUUAAUUCUAUCAUAGAACAAACAUGCCCAAAAGACACAUUCUUUGAUGUUAUUGGACAUAUCGUGUCAUUUAGGCCUCUUGAAACUUCAAAUCCAGUACCAUCCAAGCAUUAUAUAAAAGUCACUCUUAGCAACCUAGAUUCUGUACAUCUGAAGGUUACUAUUUUUGGAAGUCAAGCAUAUCAAAUUUCAGAAUACCUAAAAAAUAACCCGACUGUUAAUUUUGUUGUUAUCGUGAUGCAGUUUUUGAAGCUAAACAUUUGGAAUGGUCUUGGUGAAGCUAAAAGUCAUUUUGAAGUAACGAAAUUGUUCAUAAAUUCUGACAUUUAUGAAAUAAAUGAGUUUAAAAAUAAGUUGAAAUGUCAUGACAAUUUCGGUAUAACUGAAAAAAGCAUAACUACACUUCAAAGCUACUCUUCUUCAUAUACAGAUGACUUUAAGGGCAAUUUUCCAUUAAAAACAAUCUGUGAGAUCACCGAACCAAUUAAGGAAAUGAAGUUUUUAUUAGUUGCUUCCAUUGUUAAUAUAAGGCAGAAUCUACCAUGGUAUUAUGAAGCAUGCAAAAAAUGUGGAAAAAAAAUUAUCCCUGUUCCCAAAACCAAUCAUUCGUAUACCAACCCUGAGGGAAUUUCAGAAACUAUGGUUGUCGAGUGUACAAAUGCACAAUGCAAAAAAUCUGAAUUUCAGUAUAUAAUUCCAAUUAACGUACAAGAUUGUACUGGAACCAUUGGAUUGACUCUUUUUGAUAGGGAAGCAAGGAGGUUGUUAAAUAUAAGUGCCUACGAGUUGAAAAAGAUACAUGAUGCGGCCGGAGACAGUGAUGCCCUAUUUCCAAUGCAACUUAAUGUGUUGAAAAACCGCAAGUUUGGUUUUGUUGUAGAUAUUACAGAAUACAAUAGUAAUCAAUCUGUCUCCUUAAAUCAAGUUGCUUUGGAAUCCGAUGAUGUUGUACAGCCUGUUCAAAAGGAUGUGAUCUCACAAACAGACGAAAGUUUUACACCCUCAACAGUUGAUAAGUCAACCGCAACAAGUCCUUGCAAAAUAUCAGGUGAUUUGAAGCGCAACCUCCAAGAAAUUUAUGAUGUUGAUUCUGGAUAUGAUUUAAGUUCAACUAAGGCUAAAAGAAAGUCAACCGCAGAGGAAACUCACUCUUGA